GCCAUUGUUAAUCAGUUUCAGGGAAUCCACGCCCAAUUAGGUACUCAAAUGGUGAACAAAGCAUGGCGGAUCAUACCAAGACCAAUCAUGGAAACCGUCCUCAACAACCACGCUCAUCGCCACCGCGUUCAUCAACCACUCAUCAUCCACGGUCCCCGUGGCGUCGGCAAAACCACCCUCAUCCUUGAACGGCUUCUCGAGAAUUGGAACAAGGGGCCUCAUGUCACCGGCUACGUCGACUUCGCACAGUCAAUUGAAGAUAACCACCCACACCACGGCCAUUCGUUUCCAUGGGCAUCUUGGUCUAAUUGCUCACCACCAUCUCUCCCCACCCUCCGAACCCAACUCGAGCAGUCUCUCGAGUCCAUGGCUGAAAAGGGUGUUCAACUCGGUGCCAUUAGCUCUCACCAGAUUUGCAAAACUCUUGGAAAAUGGCAUAACCUGGAUACAUCUCUCAAAAGAAUAAUCCAAACUAACAAGGAAACGACAAUCUCGAAGAGGAUUUUGUCCAAUAAGGUUUCGACAUUGACUUUGUGGGACAAGGCGGUAUUCACGCUAACUGCUCGACUAAAUGCCACAGAGAUUGAUGAAGUUCUGGGGUUAAGAGAGAAGGGUAAAAACAUGAGUGUGCAAGAGGCUUCAUAUUACAGGGAAGGGAUGGUUGCUUUGAAACUGGCUAAGGAGGUGCUCAGGAUUCAACAAGGGUUUAGGGCUAAUGCUGUUAAGAAUUUGAAUAAGACCGGUGGGUUUUCAAGAACUUUGGCUAAUUCAGCUACUGAUUGGCCUUAUUUGUUGCUGGAGUUGUUGUCUGGAGCUGCUCAAGCAGAUUACUUUCAGCCAAAGUUGGUAAUAAACAAUAUAGAUGUCUUGAAAAAUGCUGCUUUGGUGGAUGAUUCAUCAGUCUCUGCAUCGAUGUAUCAUGACAGUCUGAUCUGGAGAAUAAUAGCUUUAGGUGCAAAUGAGAUGUGCAUGCCAGUUAUUCUUGUAACUUCGGACAGCUACUAUUCAUAUGGAGCUUACAUGGAUUUUGGAUUUCCUGACAUUUUCAUUUCCCGUGAGACAUUUGGAUGGACUCCACAACAAGCCAAAAUACAUAUGGUUCCAGAUUAUUUUAGCCAGUCAGAGUGGGAUUUGAUCAUUGAGGUACUUGGGUCCAAUCCGCGACAUCUUUUUGAGAUAUAUGCGCUUAAACAGAGCAAUUAUUACCAGGCGCUAAUGGAGGAUAAAGAAAGUACAUUUGAGGACAUCAUAGAUGCAUAUCUGGCAUAUUUGCAAGUAACUGUUGUCAAUCCUGCCAUGGACAGAGUACUGUCACUCUUGCAAAAGUUCGCUCUUGAUGCUCAAAAGGGUAAAAUUCCGAAAGAUAAAUUACGAUUUGGUGCCCCAUGGAGGCACCCGCCAAAUAAGGACGACCCUUGCCUGCGUUCAGAAUGGGCUAAGCUUCAACUAAUGGAUUUCAUCCAAUCUUUAGUCAAUGCAGAGUUUGGGAUUAAUUAUUUUUCUGAUUGUAGUCUUGAGAUCUUUGAUGAUCCUUCUGUUAACGCAAUGAUUGAGGUUGGUUUACUCUACGUCCAACGUGAUCCAUCCUUCUUUCGCCCAAUAUCUGGUGCUAUUCAGAGAUGUCUUGUGAGAUGGCUUGUCCAGGAGAGAAUUCAAAUGAGCUUUAAAAAUUCACUCCUAUUUCAGUGGCACCGAGUUGUAAGGGGACGUAGCUAUCGUCAUCUCUUGUUGCAAGUAGGCAACAAAUAGAGUUCAAGUCUGGUUUCAGUUUAUGCAGAUCAAUGCUGAUUCUCUUGGUGGUGGUGCUUCCUCUCGAGCCUCAAGUUCUAAGUUCUAACAUAUUCCAUGAACAGAUGCUUUCAGAAGCUUCACCGUUGACCUCAGGAUAAGAACUCAAAUGAUAUUUCGUACAUUCAAAUCUGCUGGGGUUUAACACAGAUUGUUACAUAUUAAAGUGUAAGUCCUACUGAAACAAGCAUAUAGUUCCAGAAUACGGAGAUAAAAUGGCCCUGCAAAUAUGGCUGCACCUGUAAUAGAUUCGGGAUUUUGCGCAUGACUCCUGGUGAUGAGUCGAGCUCUGGCUCUAGCAAGCCACACUGUAAAACCCGAUUUUUGAUCGGAAGACUUUACAGAGUAGUUGACAUAAAUUAUUUUGUGGGGUUAUGUUAAUACCUACAAUUUUGAUCAAAACAAAUAAAGCUGAUUUAUAUGAGAUUGUAAUGGAACUCAAAAUGAAUCACACACACGUGACCUAUUGAAGU